CUUUUUCUCCCUAACUCCCGUUCUCAGACUCAGAUCACAUUCCUGAUAUUCCUAGUGCGAAGGGUACCUGAAUAAAUUCCUACCUCCUUACCGCGUGCAGUAUCGUGCUUGCAGGUUUGCCACCUGAUCGCAACCUUUUUCACUCUGGUUUCGACUACAGACUCGUCCAUCUUUCUCUCUCUCCACUCUCUCCUCCCCCCCCACCCCACUGUUGAUUUGCACUAUAUCUCCGCACAUUCCAGCCCUGAUUGAGAUUCAGUCUUCCCUGUCUCAACGCACCCUGCCCCUUUUUCUUUAAAUUCAUGCACCGUAUGUACUGACUGGAGGGAAAUGAGCUGGUCAAACGUCUUGUGAAACAUACAUGCAACGUUCAGGGGGUCACAUCCAACGAGAAGCAGACCCCAUUGUUAUUUCACUCGACCGUCCCCUCGGUGUGUCGAUCCCUCUGUGUUUAUUCUCUUGAGAGACCGCUUUGACCUGUGGUGCAGGACUAAGACUGACACCGUCGAACUUAUUUUUAACUUACAUUCUUUUUUCUUUUACUUUUAUCCCCCAAUCUCUGGACCUUAAUUUCACCAAAGCAGUGGUUCGGUGUCAAUUACCGAGAACACUUUACUGCGGCGCGGACCCUUACGUGCGAUGCUUGCCGUGUCUCUGCGACGUUGCUAGGACUGAGAACCCGUACGCGAAGCGAAGCAUUUACAAUGGCAGCAAUGGCGAUGGAAAAGCCCGAAAAUAUGGUGGCUGCCGGCCAAGGCCCAACGCCUAUGAAAUUUUCCCGCUACCGCUCUGUCAGGAAGGCCGCAUCGCAAAAGCCACACCUAAUACAACCGCCACCGGUGUCGACUCUUCCAAGUCUCCCAAGCGCAUCGCGACCCGGGCUACAGGAUGGCGCAGCUGCGGCGAAUGAGACGAACCCUGCAAUCAAGAGGAGCAUGUCGCGCUACCGGCGUCAGAGGGCGGCGACAGAAUCGUCCCCUAACGCGCCUCCACUACCGGUCCCGGGAGACCGUGUCCUGGCCCACCGAGCUAAGCCAAACGGGGACGCGAAUGGUGGUGCAGUCCAGAAAGCCGCGCGAGGCAGCCCAGAUGAUGUCAAACCGGUGGAUGCGCCGUAUCAUGCGAUGUCGGCAAGAGCUCAGAACCGACGGAGGGCGUUCAACGUGGAAGAAACCGCGGUGAACCCCUUCCUGACCGACAGCGAGGAAGAAGAAGAGGUGCGUCAAAAACAUCGGCAGGAUGCAAUGAAUCGUUUGACGGGAGAGGACCGGAAGCCUUCAGUACCAGCUCCACAUCGGAGACACACGACGCGGGAGAGAGACAUCAAAAGGCCAGAGGAGCGGCCUCCGCGCAGAGACGCAGAAGGUCCUGCAAGCCGGCCUCCUAGCCACGACUCGAAACGUCUUUCGAACAAGGAAAUGCCCAUGCCUUCGCGCUCUACAGACAAAGCGACCAAGGAGGUCACAACGAUCGAUACGAGCGUGGGAAAUCGUUUCCCCGGGAUUGACGCGCCCGUUUCCGCAGUCAAUGCCGGCGAGCGCAGGGUUGUCGUUCAGUAUAGGAAAACGUCCCUGAAUCUUCGGGUUACCCCGUCCACAACAGCUCAAGACCUAUUGUUCCUAGCUGCAGAUUGUCUGGCGGGCCAGAUUGACCCACCUAAGUUCAUUAUAAUGGAAUCCUUCGGGGAACUCGGACUGGAGCGGCCUUUGCGCACAUACGAGUGCGUCCGGGACGUCAUGAACUCAUGGGCCCAUGAUCAGGAGAACUCGUUGAUCAUCGUACCCGCGGCCAGCCUCGACGCGCUCGCUUUGUUGGAUUCGCGACACGCUCCGAGUGAACAGUCCACGGAGGUGACGCUGCACAUGUAUUAUUCCCAGCGUCCGCGCAAAUGGGACAAGCGCUACAUUACAUUGCGGGCGGACGGACAGGUCACUUUGUCCAAGAAGGAGCACUGCCAGGACUCCGUGAACGUGUGUCAUCUGUCUGACUUUGACAUUUACUCGCCCACGUCCAGCUAUCUCUCCAACAAUGUGAAACCGCCAAAGAAGAUCUGCCAGGCAAUCAAAAGCCAGCAGAAAUCAAGCAUGUUCCUGACGACGGAAAACUUUGUCCAUUUCUUUUCCACCAAUGAUAAAGCAAUUGCUGAUACGUGGCAUCGAGCGGUUCAAUCCUGGCGCAGUUGGUAUUUGGUCACAAAGCUCGGCGCGGGCAGCCCAGCGGACCAGGCUGAUGCCCCUGCGGACGCAAGCGAUGCCUUGACUUCUCACAAGAAGCCCUUCAAGCCAUUGUUGAACUUGGAUUCUCCUCUCAACUCUGGUGCGGAGAAUAGCGACUCGCCGACCGAUCGUCCAAAGGCGUCCAAGACUAAGGAACUGUUCUCCAGGAAGAAGAGCACACGAGAGCACGCGCCGCCACCCUCAUCGUUUCCAAAAAUGCUCUCUGAUGAAAGUGACUUGUCCGCUGCGCAGUCGUCGGAUGAGUCCCCUUUCGCCUCCGGUGGUCUUCUGGGUCGAACCUAUACUCAACGCCAACGUGCAAUGAAGGAAAGAGAAGAAAAGGAGAAGAAAGCUACGGAAGAACCAUUCACCAAUGGCCUUAUCGGCGCUGUGGAUACGCGUCGUCCGUUUGCUGGCCCUGGUAGUCGCGCUGAUAGCCGACCAAAUAGCCGCUCUAACACAAUGACGUCCACGCACGCGCCGGACCCCAGUGGCAUUGUCAAACGGUCACAGUCCGUGAAGACCAAGCCGCUUGUCGAUCUGACUCCUGUCUAUCAAGAACCUCCGCAGCACACUCGUAAAGGACGAGGGGUCACGGUUGAAGUUGGAAAGCCUCUUGUGGAUGCUGCGACGGGACCGGAGGUCCCUGGUGGGAUUGUAAUUCCAUCUGCGACGACUUGGAGACGACCGGAGUUGCCGUCGCCCACUGCGGACGUUCGAACCCGGAAGCGCUCCAAUACCACCCGCAGCACCAGUAGCCAGCAGCGCCACCAGUACUCACGUACUGCGCCUACGUCUCCGACAACUCCUGUGGACCCUUCGCCAUCUCGCGAGGAACCGUUCAUCCCAAACAGCCUUCUAGCUCGUUCUGCACAGGUCGUGGCUGUGCCUGGACAGCCCAAAGGCCAUGGAGUAGCCACUGGAGACCGGAACGCUUCGAAGCCGAUGCUGGAUAUGUCCCCAGAGAACCCCUUUGCGGAAGGCAGCCUGCUUCGUGAUUUGUAGCUUUGUUUUUCCUGUUUCAUUUCUUAUGAUGAUGAUGUGCAGCAUUUGUCCAAGCAUUGGAUGCUCAUUUGCGAGUGGCGUUGGGUUGGUUUCUGUAGUUGACUGCAUCUCGGAGCUUUUUAUUUCUGAUCUAAACCAAGUCUUCCUGGAUUUGUUCAGAUGAUAUCCUCAGUUGUUUUUGCUGACUGACUGAUUUUGUUUGCUACUAGUGACAGUUAAACUGACAAGC